AUGGCGGAAAGCACGACGGGCGCUACCGGUAUGUCUGCUGAAGAAGCACGAGAACGGCAGUUACGUGUAAUCGCUGCUCUGAAUUGCAUGCGGGCCAGACAUCGCAACGACGAAAGGCAGCUGAACCUCGAGUUGGAAGCGCAAGAAGCGAUUUCGAGGGAGUACGAAGAGCGGCUGUGCGCGAACUCAUUCACAAUAGCUGCCAUUGUGGCUGCCUCAUCUCCCAUAAACCGGGAGCGAUGGGCUUUUCACCGCAACGAGAGGUGGUUUGAAAAGACGCUACCACACUUGGGCGAGGCGAACUUCAGGCAGUCGUUCCGCAUGACACCUGCCACGUUCAGAUACCUUGUGGACUCGCUGCGGGGUGAACUGGAACGCCAGGACACGAAUAUGCGGCUGGCUGUGGCUGUGGACAAACGGGUCGCCAUCGGACUGUACCGGCUUCGCUCGACAGCAGAAGACGCUACCAUCGCGCACCUGUUUGGCGUCGGGCGUUCGACGGUAAACGUCGCCUAUCGAGAAUUCUUUGCGGCGGUCAUCAAGGUGCUGGAGCCUCGCUGGCUUCGCAUGGUCCGUCGCGAAGAAAUGCCAGAGCAUAUCCGGAAGUUCUACGCAGUGAGCGGCUUUCCACAAGCCAUCGGUGCCUUGGAUGGCUGCCAUAUUGCCAUAUCGCCACCAGCGGAGCACGCCACCGACUAUUACAACUACAAAGGGUGGUAA